UUUUGUAAAAUAGAAGGGAGAUAAAAAAUAGUUUUAUGGUGUUAAAGUUUUACAAAAACUUCGUUGCCAUUUGUAUUACGGCCCAAAACAAAUGUUUAAAUGGACGCAUCGUCCAUUAUAACUCAGGUGUCACGGGAUGACGAGCAAUUAAACAAUUAUGGCUCCGACAGAGGGUCACCCCCUGGCGGGCAACAUAAUGAUGGGGACGGGACCCCAGUGUCGGGGUCCACUCCUUUAGGGAGUAAAAAGUCCAGUGGCAGUGGAGGAUUCCUACGUUCAUUGUUAUGCUGCUGGCGUGGUGGAAGAGGCAAAGGGCCUCCUGGUGGAAAUGGCGCAAACAGCAUCGAUGGCAGGGCUUCACCUCCUCUCCUGGUCAUGGCAGAUCAUGCGCCAAGACCAUUGUUGCCACCAGUGAGACAUCAAGACAUGCAUAAAAAGUGUAUGGUCAUUGAUCUUGAUGAAACAUUAGUGCACAGCUCUUUUAAGCCAAUAAACAACGCCGACUUCGUAGUACCUGUGGAGAUUGACGGCGCGGUGCAUCAAGUGUACGUGCUGAAACGGCCGCACGUGGACGAAUUCCUGCGGCGGUGCGGCGAGUUGUACGAGUGCGUGUUGUUCACCGCGUCGCUUGCCAAGUACGCGGAUCCUGUCGCCGAUCUGUUGGAUAGAUGGGGCGUUUUCCGUGCACGUUUGUUCCGCGACAGCUGCGUAUUCCAUCGAGGGAAUUACGUGAAAGACCUGAACAGCCUCGGCCGGGACCUCCGGCGGGUGGUCAUCGUGGACAACUCGCCGGCUUCAUACAUAUUCCAUCCGGACAAUGCUGUACCUGUCGCGUCUUGGUUCGACGACAUGACAGACUCUGAACUUUUAGACUUGAUACCGUUUUUCGAGAAACUGAGCAAGGUGGACAGUGUGUACACAGUGUUGCGCAAUUCUAACCACCCGUACAACCCGACGCAGAACAGUUCGCCGGCCACAUAGCCUCCGCCCACAUCGCCCUGCAAACACUCGUCGGCCAGGGAGCGAACUUCGUCACAUGUGCCAAUUUUGCCUUCUGGAUAGUAAGGACGUUAUUUGUACCUAUUUUACAGUUUUAGGUAUCUCCUAGUAUGUAAGUGGUCUGUCUGAUGGAUUUGUGAUGUCUCUAAUGUUUUCUCUCAGCUAAUAUGCUUGCGGCAAGCAUGCGCGUAUGUAUUUGGACGUAUAUUAACUAUCUGAAUUACUAAUUUUUUUUUAACCUUUCGGUAAUAUUGAAGAAUUUCAAACUUUUUUAUAUCAUGCUUGGGAUCAAAUAAUGAAUAAGUUAGGAUACUUUCAUCGGAUCGCUUGGUGUUUCCGUAAUCAUUUCAUUGAUUGUUCGAAGUUUUGCCGCCGAUAUUGGAAGUAAACGAUCCUACUCCGUUAUCCGUCGCGAUAUAUUGAAUCGAUAACGUUGUAACAUAAUCACGAAUUGUAAAAUUCGACUGGCGACGUAAGUGCGUAAGUGCUUAUGGAAUUUGUAAAUAUUUUUUAUAAGAGUUGACAGAAAAAUCAUGGUCUAGAUUUAACGCAAAAUAUUGAUAAUUAUAAUGUACAUAUACUUACUAUUAAUUAAAUAAAAUCGUAAGAGAUUUGAAACGGCAGAACUAUAGCUCUUAAGGUGAAUAGCGUUGCACUUAUCUAAGGCUGAUGGUACACUAGUUCAUAAGAAUUUAGUAAAUUAUAUUUUUGUAUUGGUCCAUUCAAUUUUAGAACAUUUUGUUCAUGUAAAAAAUUGUUGCGAGCCGCGGUUUGGUUAAUGAUAUAUUUUCUUAUGACAUAGUGUAACGUCGGCGACAGAUUUAAAGUUCAAAUCGGAGUCAUAGUGUUGUGGUUGAUACACUGAAGUUUUGAGAAUCUAUAUCUUUUUCGAAAUUUAUAUUUAUUCAUUUAAUCUUAUUAUUUACUAAGUACUAUAUAUAUAAUUAAUAUGAUGAUAUUUUAAUAAGUUGUGUUAAUAUUAAAAUUUAUUAAUUUUAAAAUUAUUACAAAUCCACAGCAUUAUUACCCCGGUUAAAUCUGCUCACACAUUAUUAGGUUAAUUCGGACGAUUAUCCUAUGCGGUGGUUACGUUCUGAUUGGCGUAUUAUCAAAGAGGGGAAGGCAUACCAACGAAUGCGCCAAUCGGAACGAGAUCGCAUAGGACAAUCGUGCGACUUAACCUAUUAGAGUGAGAGCGCAUUCAAUGUUUGUGCACAUUAGAUCGCUAAUGGUUGUAUAGUCCACAAUAAACACUAAUGUGUACACACCUCGAUGUUGUGGUAAUCAUAAACUAUUGUUAUAAUACAUUCUCCCAUUAUAGCAUCGGUGACAAUAAGAAGUCAAUCGCGUCAGUGUCAUAUGAGUUUUUAAAUAUAAUUAAUUAAAAUGUGUUUACUUAGUACACGGGUACGGUAGUAUCAGAUCGACUUGGCAUCAAAAUUGAACUGUCGUGGAGAAGAAUGCGCUUGUUUAGAAAAAAAACAGCUUUGUAUAUUCGUAUUUAUAUACGUAUGUUGUGGUAUAAAUGGAAGUGAUACGAUUUUUUUCGUAAUGAAACUGUAACUUUAUAUACAUGGUUUCGGCAUUCCUUCCCCGUCAGUUUUAUGGAUGCUGCACAUACUAUUAAAAAUGUCUACAGACGACACUAAGAUUGGCCAAUAUCGGAGCAAUGGUCGGAACCGCCCAGAAUCGCUUUCUAGAGCGCCUCAGGGACUACUUCUCCAAAAUUGCUGCUAUAUUGUUACAUAUUAUAUUAUGAUUUUAGUGACGUGUGUAGGCCGUUUAAUGUUCAUCUCAGUAUUAGAUUAGCUUAGUGUUGGAUGCCAUUGACACAGAUUUAUGCCUGGUGAGAAAUCUGCCGAUUCGGAUAAUAUAUUUUAAUAUAAUAAUAUUGGAUGUGAUGGUAACAUAAGGGGGUACUACACAAAAAAAAAUUAAAAUCAUCUAAGGCCAGAGAAAAAUAAUUCUUUUGCAUUCCACUUUACUGUCCACAAUUGAUAAAUAAAUUUAAAUCAUCAGUGAUUUGCAAAGAAAUGUUCCAUUUUAAAGUAAUUACUUACAUAUCUAUAUUUUUAUCAGAAUUAACAUUUGAAAAUAGUACUUCAAUAUAUAUGAAUAAUAGAAUAUUGCUUCGCCGUGUAAUUGGCCCCUUAUGGAUUCAUCAAUCCGAUUUCAAAAUUACGUGGUAUCGGAUUUAUGUAAGAAUUGAUUAAUUAGGUAUAUAAAAUGGUGCUUUCAGUAUUAGUUGAUUAAGCAACUCGAAAUUUGACUGUUAAGGAACUUAGUAGCACUCGUAACGCACAUUGGGAUCUUAAAUUGGGUUAAAAAUUUUAGAACAAUAAUUGAUAUAUUAAACAAUAAUUAUUCGGCCGUUUUAUUUAUAUAUCUGAAACGUUUACAACUUUACCAUGGCUCGACGAUGCCAUCUAUUUAUUGUUUUAAUUGCUUAGCAAAAAAGUUUUAUUGUUUUCUUUUUAUAAUUAUUUUUUUAACAAUAUCAAUUUAUUAUUGUUUUGGUAGGAGGCAUAUGUAAAUAAGAUUUUUAUUAACUUAAUGAGAAAUGGUCGAUUUUAAUUAAUCGAUUGAAACAAAUCCAUUAUUUUCAUAGUGUACAUGUUUGUUUGUUAUUUAGUGACUACGCCGAUAUAUACGUUCGCGGUUACGUACAUACGUAUAUAUGUUCAUACGUAUAUUUUACUAGUUAUACGCUAACGAUAGUUGUAUCCUCCGCUAGAUGUAGAACACGAUACGAUAUUUAUACAAGUCUGUAAUCUAUAUUCGAUCAAUGAGACAAAAAUUGAUGCGUCUGUUAUUAUUUGUGUACAGACCUUGGAAUAUUUAUAAUAGGACGCUGUUAUAGAAAUAUCACUUUUUAAGUAGUUUUACUUUUCUCUUUCGUUACGUCUUACGUCUUUCUCAGCCGUAUAGGGCUAAGAUAGGAAGAGAAAGGUACCGAUUACUUUUGCGAUAACAACUUCGCUGUAAGAACGCGUCUCAAAUGAAGCCUUAAUUUAAUUUCGUGUGAGAUGUCACUAUAAACUUGCUUGGUCACAUAUUUGCUUAUACCUGCUAUAAUUUGUAUGGAGAGUCUACAUGCUUGAUGGUAAAUUGGUAUGUUUUCUAAGAGCUCCUAUUGUAAGAAUUCUGAGGUAUAAAUGGAUUUAAUAAAAUCCACUUACAUUUGGUGCAUGGUAUAAUGAUCAAUGUUCAGUGACGUUAACAAAUUUCACUAAGGAAUAUGGAUCGGUAUACAAAAGUAGUCCAAACGGUAAGCCUUACGAUAUUUGAUUGAAAAUAAUUAUUUUCAACUAAUGAAACGUUCCGCGGGUUUUUAAUAUUGAUUUUCAUACUUUGAUCCAUUUUCCGCGGUGAAAAUUGUUAGCUAAAUUUUGGAUUGUUAUACAUUGUAUACAUUUUGUAUACUGCAAGAAAUAAAUAUAAAAAUUGGGCCUAAAAUAUAUGGUAAUCACGAUUGAUAUUUGUAUAAUACGAGAUAUAUAAUUUUGUAUUCGUAUUAUAUUCACCACUUUAGUUUUAUUACACACAAUUACCUUGCUUUCUUACAAAGUGUGCUAACAUUACAUUUAAAUAGUAAUAAAAUGCGAGCGUGUACUCACAAUUCAAUAAGAAUGUAGGUUUCAUAUAAUUUAUAGUUCGUUUUCAUUAAAGUGAAUGCACACAUAUUCAUGCUCUACGCCCGCUAAUUCACUCUUGAAUAAUGUAUGAAUUCGCUAACUUUAUAUUGUUUUAGUGAGAUACCUUGAGAAAGCGUUCGAUACGGACGCAAAGUUUUGCGUCUUCACUGCGUUUAGCUCGGAUAAGUGUGC